AUGGCUUAUCAGUGGCUAUCUUACAUUGCAUUUGAAAGGCAAAUAUAUAUUCAACAUGGCCGAAAUAAGGGGGAGAAACAGAUAGGACCUUAUAAAGUUGAUGGGUACUAUGAAACAGAAGAUGGUCAAAAAGUUGUUCUAGAGUUCUAUGGAAAUUUUUGGCAUGGGUGUCCAAAAUGUUUUUCCAAAAGCACAAUUAAUCAGGUUAAUGGAUCAACAAUGUCUGAAUUAUACACAAACACUAUUGAGAAACAGAAAUACCUUGAAUCAGAAGGGUAUGUUUAUGAGUGUAUAUGGGAAUGCGAUUUCAAAAAGCAAUUAGACUCCAAUCCAAAGAUGAAAGCAUAUAUUGAUUCUUUGGAAAUAACUCUCCCUUUAGAGCCGAGAUAUGUUUUCCAUAGCGACCGAACUGAAGCAUUUAAAAUGUACGCAGAGUCCACGGCAGAUACUCAGAUUAUGUACUUCGAUGUGACAUCCCUAUAUCCUAACAUAAACAAAACAGGGAUAAUCCCCUUUGGUCAUCAAAAUAUAAUCACUGAAAAUUUUGUAGGUUUAAGUUAUAAUGAAGGGUUAAUCGAAUGUAAGAUUCAACCUCCAAAAAAACUGUAUAUUCCCGUUUUACCAAGUAAAUGUAACAGUAAACUUAUGUUCAGUUCCUGUCGUACUUGCAGCGAAACCUAUGAAAAUGGAAAAUGUCAACACGAUGACAAUGAAAGAGCCGUUACAGGCACUUGGGUUACUGAUGAGGUAAAAAUGGCUUUAUCCCAGGGUUAUAGGCUUCUAAAUGUUUAUGAAGUUUGGCAUUUUAAUGAAAUGGCUCAAUAUGACCCUCACACCAAAACAGGAGGGGGCCUAUUAACGGAAUAUGUGAACACCUUCCCGAAAGUUAAACAAGAAGCCAGUGGUUGGCCAGACUGGUGUAAAACAGAAACAAACAGACACAAAUACAUUCAAGAGUAUUUUGAAAGGGAGGGCAUUUUGCUAGAGUAUAAUAAUAUUGAGGAAAAUCCUGGCCUAAGACUGCUGGCAAAAAUAAUUUUAAACUCGUUCUGGGGAAAAUUUGGGCAACGUUCUAAUCUUACUCAAACAGCCAUUAUUGAUGAUCCCGUUCAGUUCAUUGACAUGAUGACAUCAGACCAACAAGAAGUGAAAAACGUGCGUUUCAUAAAUGAUGAAGCAGUACAGCUAGACUGGGCUUAUACCAGUGAUUUCAUAGAGACUUCAUGCCGUACGAACAUAAUUGUUGCUGCGUAUACUACAGCCCAAGCCCGAUUUAAACUGUAUAGUUAUUUACAAACCACUUGGAGAUAG